CACACACACCCUAUUCACAACAGCCUGGCUAAAUUAAGUUGGUUUACCUCAGAGGAAUCGGCUGCCCAUAGCCUCAGCCAUGAUUUUAUAUUCUUUAUAUGAGUGCCUGGAUUUUAAAAGCUGCUUGUUUUUGAUUUGUUUACUGCUGCUGCUUAUAGAUUUCAUCAGACAUAAAAAUCCAACAAAUUUUCCACCAGGACCCUGGCCGCUACCCAUCCUAGGAAAUGUCUUCACUGAUGUUAACUAUAAAACUGUGGACCAGCUGACUGAGAAAUAUGGGAACAUCUUCAGUGUCAGAAAUGGAAGUGAUAAAAUAGUGUAUGUGUCCGGGUUUAAAAUGGUGAAGGAUGUUUUGAUCUCUCAAGGGGAAACCUUCACUGACCGCCCUGUUUCACCUUUAUUUGACACACUUUAUAAAGGCAGAGGAUUGUCCUUCAACAAUGGCUACUCAUGGAGGAAACAACAGCAGUUUUCUAUGAGUCACCUGAAAAACUUUGGAGAGGGGAGGAAGACUCUAGAAAAACAUAUUCAACGAGAGUGCUAUUUCCUUUGUAGAGCAUUUAAAGAAGAGCAGGGCUACCCAUUUAACCCUCUGGUCAAAAUUAACAACGCAGUGGCCAAUGUCAUUGGUAGCCUGGUGUUCGGCCAUCGAUAUGAAUAUGAUGAUGUUGAUUUCCAGAAGCGUCUACAAAUGAGCGCAGAGUCAGUGUUUCUUACGGGAUCUGUGUGGAACCAGCUGUAUGAUGCCUUCCCAGGUAUAAUGAAAUGGUUGCCAGGAUCCCAUCAGACAAUAAUCUCAAACUACCAAAAGUUAGAAAACUUCCUGAAAGAAAAGGCUGAGCAACACAGACAAGACUGGGACAGCAACAAUCCCAGAGAUUAUAUUGAUGCCUAUCUGACAGAAACAGAGAAGAGAAAGAAUGACACCAAGGCAGGGUUUAAUUUUGGCAGUCUGGUGUGGUGCAUGGUAGACUUGUUCGAGGGUGGAACUGAAACAUCGACCAACACACUCCGAUGGGCUCUGCUUUACAUGAUCAAGUACCCUGAUAUUCAAGAGAAGGUCCGAGCAGAGAUUGAUCAGGUGAUUGGCUCCUGUCCACCUACUAUGUCUGAUAAGGCAAACAUGCAUUACACCAAUGCUUUCAUUCAUGAGGUUCUCAGAAAAGCAAACCUUGUGCCUCUCAAUAUGGCUAGAACUGCGAGAAAGGACACAAAUCUGGGAGGCUAUUUUAUACCAAAGGGGACUGUGAUAAUCACUAAUCUGACAUCAGUGCUGUAUGACAAACAUGAAUGGGAAACACCAGACAUCUUUAACCCUGGACACUUUCUAGGCUCUGAAGGCCAGUUCUGCAGGAGAAAUGCCUUCUUUUCCUUCUCAGCAGGCAAAAGGCAGUGUCCAGGAGAGCACCUGGCUCACGUGGAGCUGUUCAUCUUUCUCACCAUUCUCCUGCAGAACUUCAGUUUCAGUCCUCCUCCUGGUGAGGAGCCCAGUCUGGAGAGCCAGGUGGGCUUCACACAAGCCCCUCUGCCAUACAAGCUCUGCGCUCACCCGAGAUGCUAAAUCCUGCUGUCUGAGGAUGCAAUGUAUGGGGUAUAGCAAAUUUUAUGCAAGAAAUAUCACCCACAGCUUCCUUAUGUUUACGGUUACACUUUGGGUCUUUUUUAUAUGCAUAUAUAAAUAAUACAAAUACAAAGUCAUUUAAAGUGUACAUUAAGUCCAGGAAUUCCAAAUCCUUUUUUUUUAAUGUAUUUUGCCAUAAUGUCCCACCAUUACAUAGAUUAUGAUCUGUACAAUCAAACAAACACAGGAAAUGUGCUCUGGGCUUAAACACUUCCUGUCUACACAAGGAAAGAAUUUGUUGUUAGAAUGUGGGAUCCUUUAGCUCUGUAUGCAUUAUUUAUUUCCCUCCUACAACAUCUAUUGAUAAUGCAUAACUUUUUAAAAACAUUAUGAAUAUGUGCUUGCCAGCCUCUUAUUACUUCUGUAGGGUGCCACACCUUCGAUAUACAUGGUGACUAGAUGU